UAAUUUUAGUUUAUUGUUGGUAGUAGAUUUAAAAUGAAGUUCGGUUUUUCAGCUGUAGUACUUCUAGCAAGUUUUGCCCUAGUUUUUGGCUUUGAGGAGCCAGAAUGGGAUAAAAUCAACUUUGGAGAGGACUUUCUGCCACAAGGAUUCGAGCACAAGGAAAGUCGUAUCAUUGGUGGUCAAGCAGCCAGUCCUGGACAAUUCCCCUAUCAAGCUGGAUUACGUAUGAACAAAACUACUUCAGGAAGUUGGUGUGGAGGUGUUUUAGUCUCGGAAAGUUAUGUUUUGACAGCUGCUCAUUGCGCCAGCAACGCUCUCUACAUAGAUGUGUACUUGGGUGCUCAAGAUAUUAGGAAUUUAACUGAACCAGGACGUCUGAAUAUUCGAGUUCCUGCUGCGAAUAUUGUCGUUCACAGUGGCUACAAUCCAAAUACUAUUUCAAAUGACAUUGCUAUUCUUCGUUUGCCAGAACCUGUGAAUGUUACGGACACUAUCAAGCCAAUCAAUCUGCCUACAUACGACGACGCUGCUAAGAACUUUGAUGGAACGACAGUCGUAAUUUCAGGAUGGGGAAAGAACGCUAAUGAUGCUGAAACUAUUACUGAUCAACUUCAAUUCACCGGAGUUGCUGUGCAACCUCAAAGUGUUUGCCAGUAUUUCUUCAAUAGCGCUAAGACAUCAAACAUAUGCACAGAGACAAUUUACGAUCGAGGUACAUGCAACGGCGAUUCAGGAGGCCCAGUGGCUUGGAAUAGCUCUAAUGGGCCUGUGUUGUUGGGAUUAACAUCUUUUGGAAGUUCUAGAGGGUGUGUAGCUUGUUGGCCAUCCGUCUUCGUGCGGGUUUCAUACUACCUUGAUUGGAUUGCUGCCCAUAGUAACAUUAAAAUUAAAGCUAUGUAAUAAUUCAUUGUUUUUAACAAUAAGAAUAUUUAUUUAUUAUUUCUGUACCGGCAAAUAUUUUGAUGAUGAAUGUCCUAUUUUGUGUAUAAAACUUCAGAAGUAAAAGAAAAAUACAGAAAA